AUGACCGAGACUCCUCUUUUUACUUCUGUGGCUCUGGAUUCAGAGUUUCCUCCUUCUCCUCCUAGCGAGGUUACUAUUCAGCGAUCUCUUCAAACAGGAGACUAUCCGCCAGUUCCAGUGCAUGGUCCUGUCAGUCACCAUAUUGCAAUCAGUAUGGAACCUGCCGACCAUCAACACGAGGGAGCUUCCCAAAACUCUGUAAUGCCAUCUAUGUCAGCACCAAACAUGCCCGCUGCCCCAGGUGGGUGGCAUGCAACAAUUCCUACCUCCUACCCAAUGACCAUCCCUGGUCAACAAGUGAAUACGCCUCCCGCCACAAACUAUGAUGAUCCCAGUCGACCAGAAUCAGCCUCUCCAAGAUGGUCUCCUGCAACCAGUCGCCGCAGUCCACGGGCACGUGUCACUCGCUCUCCUCGCGAGCGACGAAGCCGCCCAAAGAAGAAUGCAGGUUCUACUCGAUCAAACCUGAGCAACAUCCGAAUUGAUGCACCAAUGAGUCAGACAACAGCUCACAUGCUUGAUAUCCCUGUUAGGGAUAUGGAAGCAUGGGCUCAUCGCUCUUCUGAGGAACGCAUUGCCCAAGCCGAAGACCGACGAAGCAUCGCGCGUCCCAUGAACGCCUUCAUGAUGUAUCGAUCUGCAUACUCUGAUCGUGCUAAGACUCUUCUCGGAAACAAGAACUACCAGAUUGUGAACUCGGCCAUUGCGAAGAGCUGGGGCAUAGAAUUGGAUGAAGUCAAGACCUACUACAACGAUAUUGCUCGGAUUGAGCGUGAUAACCAUCAACGCACUCACCCUGAAUACAAGUUCCGGCCCAAUAGAGGCCCAGCUGUUGCAGCUCGACCUGACCCGACGACGCCUCCCAUGUCCGUCGUCAGUGGGCCUCUCCUGGAUCGUGGCAGCCCUGUAUGGAGCGAUGUUGACUACACAUCCCCGUCUCCAUACCACCAUCAUGAUCGGUCUCAGAGCUUUGACUUGGAAGUCUACCAUAGUCGUGCAAACACUCCAUUAAACUACUCUGUGCAAUCCAACGGCUACAUCAACACUCACUGGAACAGUUACCCUGCAGCUACCAUUCCAACCAUCCAACCUAGUGCUUUGCACGGUGGCAUGGGAUCCCAAGUGGAAGAUGUUCACUACCCUCGUUCCAGUUUACCUGGAGACCUUCAAUACGAUAUGUCCACUGGACUUGCCGCGCUUCCUGGAAGCAGCCAUCAUGAUCUGCUACAGCCUCAACAAGGUCAUCACCCUUUGCCAGGUCACGCUGUUGAUGGAGGCAACUUGGACCCUCAAAUGCUUGCCUACAGCGAAGGAGUAAUGAACAUGCCCAACGCAUACCCUCCUGUGGCAAACCCCUACCCUGUUUGGGGAGAUGAGGACCAGAACGGUCAUGCCUACCUUUCUCAAGCUCCCGGAUCAGCUACAGCAAGCCCGGCUCCUCACCACAACGGGAUGCAGGCCACUUCCUACCCCAUGCAGCAAAAUCCCUCAUGGGAUGCUAACCAGCAUGAGCUACAUGACAGCACUGAAGCUUGGGUUGAGCUUUAA